AUGUCGAUGGGUCGUCCUCGCGAUGGCAUCCCUCCCGUGCCACUACACAUGAAGAUUGCCGAAAAUCAAAACACUACUCCAGCACCAUUGACGUAGGUAAGAUCCUGCUUUCUUGACGGUGCCUGAUUGCUAAUGGAUUUGCUCUUAUCGCUCGCUCGUGUUCAUCGUCGCUGCCUCUCUUUCGAACGAUCGUGCAACAGUGGUGUGUUGAUCAAGAUGGGCCUCUUUACCUUGGCCAUGGUCAUCCUCCCCAUUGGAUCGUACUACGUCUCGAGGGAUUACUACUUUGGCAGUACGGUAUCCUCCCAGGUUAUCCAAUCGACCAACGGGCGCACUGACUCGCUGGAUCUUUCGUCCUACUUUCUCUCUCGAUUCAGCCAACCUCGCCGGCGCAGGAAUGACGGCAGCAACGGUAGCGAACUUGAUUCUCGGUGCGUUCGUCGUCAUGGCCAUCAGGGAAGACGGUGGAGAACCUCAAGCACCUACGACGCCGUUGGAGGUAGAGACCGAAUCUGCACCAGGGAGCGGGAGUGCGACGACGACGGGUUUGAGUGAAGGGAUAUCCAAGGAGGGGAAAGCUUUGAGGGAGAGGAAGAAGUAG